AAUAUUUAUCUGUAAUUGUGAUGAUUACAGAAGUUAUAAUUUAUAAACAUUAUUAUUGUAAAAUAAAUUGACAAAUUGAAGUAUGGAUAUGUUUUGCGGUAUGUAAAACACACAAUUGUGUUUUUUUGUUGGUUACAAGUAUUGCUUUAUUUAAAAAAUGUGUAAUAAUACUAAAGAAGAAGAUAUUGUAGAAAAAUGGGGCUUGCCUUUGAAAGAACUAUAUACACUGGCUCUAAAGUUUUUUAAAGGUAAGUUAUUAUUUUUAAAAUAUUGGUUUUUAAUUGGCAAGACUAUUUAUGUUAUAGUAAAUCAAUUUAUCAUACUAUUCAAACUUACUUAAUGUGUCCCAAAAAUUAUUAAAAAGAAAUCUGUUUGUGCUCGUGCUUUGUAUUUAACUAAUUUUAAAAUAUAUUAAUAUCAUGACAUCUCCUUCAAUUAUCUUGUAAAUAUUAUUGUAUCUUGUAAAGUUAUUAAAGAUUACCUAGGAACCAGAAAUACAUAUUGUGUGUGACAAAAAAAAAAUGUAUUGUUAGAUAUUUGAAUUAUGACUACUGAUAAUAAUAUAAGUUAUGUAUAAGUAACUUACAAUCAAUUUACAUCAAUUUUAAAUUGAUAUCUAGUUUAAUUUAGUGGGUUUUAAUUAAUAUGAAUUUCAUAAUAUUAUAUUUGUAUGCAGAAAAAGAAGGUAAAGCUAUACACUUUACAUAUGAUGAUAAAUUGAAACUCGUUGCAUAUACACGUCAAGUUUGUCAUGGAAAAUUAGAUGAAUCAAAAUUACCACCGUUGGGUGUAUUUGAUGUUAUUGGAAGAGAUAGACGGUAAAUGUCAUUGUUUUUACUGUUUUAGAUAUUGAUUAAUACAUGUAUUAUAUUCAUUUAUUUAAAUUGUACAGGCUAGCUUGGCAAGCACUAGGUGAUAUGUCAACUGAAAACUCUAUGGUGAAUUUUGUUAAAUUGGUUAAUAAAGAAUGCACUUUAUUUAAACAUACUAUUGAAGCAUAUAAAGCAGAUUUGAUUGAGCAAAAACGGAUCACGUAAAUAUCUUUAUCAUUAAAUAAACUGAUACAAAUCUAAGUAAUGAAUGAGUGUAAUCUGAUUUUCACAAAUUAGACUGAACAUCACUAGACCAUAUGAAGAGCCUAAUUAAUUGUUUAAUGAAAACCAUAUUCUAAAAUUCUCAUAUUAUAAUUAAUAGACUCCAUUUAGACACAAUUUAUAAAGUAGCCAAUGCUAUUUCAUAACAAUUGAGUUGUAGUAUUAGGACUAGAAAAAAAAAAUGAAAUUUUCACAUUUACAAUAUUACUAUUUACUUUAUACAGUACAAUUUUAAAACAGAUUUUGUAAAGUAGAAAAAAACACUUUUGUUAAUAAUAAAAUAAAUAAAAUAUUAUUGUAUGUCAAUUAUAAAGCAAUGAACAUAUUUUUAUAAUAUUUCAGUGAAGAAAAUAUGAAAAAAGAACAAGAAGAACUAGAAAAACAACUUGCAUCAAUGGAAUUAAAACAAAAAGAAGAAGAAGAAAGAUGUAAACAAGAAAAUACCAAGUAUUUAAACAUACUUAUUCUUAAUUCUUUUAACUGUAUAACUCUCAUUUUAAGAUUUUAUAUUAUAUGUAAAGAAAAUCUUUGUACAACUGAUAAUUUAUUAAAAUUGGUGGAUAUUUUAAUUUAAGAUUACAUUUCAGGCAACUCGUUCAAGAAGCAUUAAAUAUACAAACAUAUAGCCAAUUUCUAACUUACGCCCAGAAUCAAUUUCCAAAUAAUCCGGAUGAAGUUAGUUAUAUACAAUUAAUUAAAAACGAACCAAAACAACAUUUUAACAUUUUUUUUAAAAUUUUGUUCUGCAUUUACAAAUGUCUAAUUUUACAACAAUACUGUUUAAUGUUAUUUAAAGCAAGCUGUACUUGUAAGGCAACUACAAGAACAACAUUAUCAUCAAUAUAUGCAACAGUUACAACAAAACUAUGAACCUGGAAAAGAAUUAGAUAAUAUAACUACAAACUUAGUAGCUGUUCCUGAAGAUAAUAGAGUAAUUGAACAGGAGACUGUUUGUAACGAACAAUGUGAAAAUAAUGACUGUCUUUCUGGAGAAUGUAUAUUACAUAUUAUAUCAAGAUACAAAACAAUAAAAUAUUUUUGUUUUUAUUUAAUUUAUCAUUAAUAAAACAUUUUUUUAUUUUAGGCUCUGUUCAAACAUUAUUUCCUGCUUCAAUGUGGACAAGAAAAAACAUUGAUGAAUUUAAAGCUAAUUUAGUACGUGAUGGUGGAGAAUCGGUUAUUAAGGUUAACCAUGGAGAAACAGUUACUGUAAGUGUUUUAAAUUCAGAGCGUAGUAACAAAUCUAUUGGUUUUACUACAAUGUGUUUCUGAAAGGUAAUAUGUCUAAUUUAUCUCUGGUUAGUGCAUUUAAAAUGUUAUUUUUUUUUAAUUUUCAAAAUAAUUGGGAAAAACCGAAAAGAAAAUAUAGGUUUAAUGGCAGAUAUUUAUAACGUUACUAAUUUCAUUGUUUUUAAUUUUUAAAACGUGUUUUUCUACCAUACAUUUUGCUCUAAUAGAAAAACAGCAAGUACCUUUUUUGUUGUAUUUUUAAUCUAGUUGGUGAAUAAGAAUGCUGUUUUUUUAAUUUUUUUUGUAGUUUCAUUAAAUCUAAAAUGCAACAAAAAAGGUUUCUAGUUGUUUUUUGAUUGAAGAAAGAAAUAAUUGAAGUAGAAAUUAUAUACAUAAUUUAAAAAUAAAAUAAAAAACUUCAUUAUAAACCGAUAUAUUCCUCACUUUGAUCAAAAUCUAAUCAUAAUUUCCUAAUAUUAUUUAUAGGUUAGAGUUCCUACAGCUGAAGGUGGUAAGUGUGUAUUUUGGGAAUUUGCAACUGAUGGUCAUGAUAUAGGAUUUGGUGUUUACUUUGAAUGGGUCAAACCUACUACUAAUCAAGUCUCUGUGCAUGUUUCUGAAAGUGAAGAUGAUGAUUGUGACGAUUUAGAAGACGAUGACGAUGGUAGUAUAAACUCAAUGUUCAUUGAGUUCAUUAUUUAAAUACAUUAUCUGAUUAUUUGAAAUGAAUGGCGGUCUCGUAAUUUUAUACACAAAUAUUUAGUAAAAUUGCAUUUUAAAUACCAAAAAUAAUAUAUUUGACUGUUAGAAUUUGCAGUAGAAUUUAUGUUAUUAAUAUACAAACUAAUAAAAUUUGGGAAUAUUAUAACAGAAUAACAUAUUAUAAAAUAUGUUUAAAACAUAUACACCUGUAUAUUCUAAAAUAUAAAUAUCAAUAAUAGAUUUCAUUAUUAGUAGCAUUGAGUGUACUACUAUUUUCUAUUUUAACAAAUGUUUAUUUUUGUUUCCAUGUAUAAAAAAAUAAUAAUAGUUUAUUUAUUAUAUUUUCCUAUGCUAUGUAUUUACAUAGCUUGGGAAGAUAUAUAUAUAAAAAAAUUAGAUUAUAGAACCCAAAAGAAUUUAAAAUGUAUAGUAAUUUAAUAUUCAGGUACUUAUCAAUACUGAACAAAUAUUUUUAUAAAUAUUAUGAAUACCCACUCUUCACUUUUCAGUCCAUUUUUAUUAUAGCAUCUAAACAUGAUUUCUUCUGCAAAUAUAGCAUUUCUAAAUUCUCUAGGUAUCAGAUAAACAAAUAAUUAUAUAGUUAAUAUAUUAAAUGUAAAUUUUACAAAAUGAAUACAAAUUUAUCUAUUUUGUGAAAUGGAAACCUUAAUUUUAUACUUGGUGUAAUUUUUAUUAAAUUUACACGAUAUGGAUACAUUUAAUAAAUUAUAGAAUAUUGUAAAUACAAUAGAUAUACUUGUAUUAUAAAAAAUUGGUAAAUUAUUUAUCACAAUUUAACAAUUUAUGACAAAUCUUCACCAUUAACAAUUAUUCAUAAUCAUAAUAAUUUAAUGUUAAUAUCAUAUUUUUUGAGGAGAUGAUAAUUUAAUCUAUUUGAAAUUAUUAAAGGUACAAUAUUAUCAUAAUGUUGGCUAGUGAAGGAAAUAAAAGUAUUGAUACAUGAAUGAUAAAAAUAUAUCAAUAUUCAAUUAUAAUGAAGUAAUAAAAUGUUAAAAAUGUUUAUACCAGAUACCAAUUAGGAAUUCAAUAGAAUAAUUCCUGUAUGAGUAUAUCUAUUAUAUUAAUAAUGUAUUAUAUUUCAUUAAUAUAUUCAUAUCUUGUAAAAUUUACAUAAAUUGUAAAACAAAGAUUUCCAUUUCACUAAGUAUAUUAUGUUUACACCAUGUGGAUGUGACAUAUUAUUUAUUGAUGAUUGUUAUUAUUAGAUUUACUUAAUGAAUUAGAAGCAAAUGGUCACACCAUUCAAGAUAUAAAAAAGGCUAACGAGAUAAAUAGACCACCAUUAUCAAUAAUUAUUCCCGUAUACAGAAGAGACUGUCAUAAGGAAGUAUAUGCUGGAAAUCACUUGUAUCCUGGCGAAGGAGUUUAUUUACUUAAGUUUGAUAACUCCUAUAGUUUAUGGAGAUCAAAAACACUAUAUUAUAGAAUUUUUUACACACAAUAAUUUAUUAUUCUUUAGCUUCUCACAAAUAUGUUGUAGAGUUAAAAACCUUACUUAUAUUCGCAUCCUUUUUUUAGAAAUUAUAAUUAACAUAUUUUAAUCACCAUAGUGAGUGCUGUAAAAUAAAUUAGGAUAUCUAAAUAUUUUAGAAAAAAAAAGAGACUGCAUGAUAAAGUUUAAUUAUCUCUGUAGAAUACUAUCAUUAAUUUUUGCUUUGCUUUUCAGUUACAAUGUAAUAUUAUAUUAUAUAAGUUUAUUAACUAUAUUAUAAAUAGUUUAUAGCAUAUAAAUAUCAAACUUUUGUUUUAAGCUGUAAAACAACAUUCAUUGUUUUAAUAUUCUAAUACGCUAUAAGUCAUAACCAGGAUUUGGGAUUUAAAAUCAUACAAAAAGGCAUUUAAAGAAAAAAAAAAACUUCAAUAUAGCCUAGCCCUAGCUUAAAUUGAAGCAACUUAAAUAUAUUUAAAAAAGCAAAAGAACUAUAGUCUGUCACAUGAGAGUUCGGGUCGCUUGCUGCCAGUCAAAAACGGUCACUGCUGUGCAUCCCCGCAUCACAACCUUGCCCAUCAAUCACCCGCUUGAUGGUGUUCGAAGUCAGUUGUAAAAUUAUACAUGCACAGAAGCGGCCCGAUUUCUUGUGGGACAGACUAUAGUAAAUGAUUACUAUUGUUUUUUUAAUUAAUUAAUAAAGAACUUUCUAUUUCAUAUUUGAAUUUGUUGUAUAACAUACAUUUUCAUUACACUAUUAAAUUUAAUGUGAAGUUAAAAAUCAGCAAAUGCUACAAAUCAUGGAACACUGGUCAUAACCAGAAUAGUAAUUUUAAUCUCAUUACAUUGUUAUUGUAUUUGUACCUAUUUGCAUUACCUUACUUAGUAUUUUAGGAAACAUUAAUAAGGAUAAAAAAUAUUAUUCUAAACUGAUAUAAAAUUGUAUGUUAAAUAUAUGUGAUUUAUUUUAAUGAAAAUAGUUUAAUAUAUUGAAUACAUAUUAAUAUACACAGUAAAAAUAACUAAAAAAAUAAUGGUAUAGGGAUUUAUAUCCACUUAAUUCAUAUUGUGCAAGUAAAAAUUAAAAAUUCCAAAUAUUUAUCCAAUAUUUAAUGCAAAUAUGUCUAUUAAAAAACAUACCAAUUUUAUUUUCUAAUUGGGUUUAGUAAUUUUUAGUAAUUCAUAAUAUGAGAAUUAACAUUAUUAAAUACAUUACCUUAAAAUUUAUACAAUUAUUACUGAUGAUUUUACAAAUCUUCUGGGUGUUUAAAGUUUAUGUAUUCAAUAUUAAAUUAUUUAAUUAAAAAAAAAAAACUUGUUGAACUGAUUUAAUGUAAAAAUAAAAAUUUCCUUUUUUUUUUAUUUAUAUAGUAAUUUUGUCAUAAAAUAUUAAUAAAAUAAACUACUUAUUGACCAAAAAAAUCUGUAUUCUUUUACCCACUACUUAAGUUUUCUCUGGACCAAAAAAGCUUUAACUUGGGAGAUCAAGAUUGUUUUACAGGCGGAUUGAAGUGAUAAAAAUGAUAAGAGACUGAAAAAAAAAUGUUUUAAUUAUAUAUUGUUAUUAUAAUCAAAUUAAUAUUAUGAAAUGUAAAAAUGUGUACACAAUUAAACCAAUAGUCGCUCAAUUUCAGUCUGAAUUUGUAAGAUUUGUGGUCGUAUUUGUGAACCCUCGUCAGUAGUAAUAGAACAAGCUAUAACUGAUCUUGAAACACCACAUGCUCGUCCCAAUGCUGUAAAAUAAAAAUUAGGUACAAUUAAAUACAUAAGAUAUGUCAUGUUUAAAUUGUUGAAUAAAAAAACAAACCCUGUUUGGAUCUAAUAAAAACAUAAGGCACAUUUUUAUCUUCACAUAGCAGUGGCAAGUGCAAUAAUAUUUCUAAAGGUUCUGCAUCAGCGGCACAUACUAUAAAUUCUGAUAUACCUCUAUUUAAGGUUUUAGUAGCUAA